UCGAAACUAUUCGAAAUAUUUUCUGUUUGACGCUUGUUUUUUUUUUCCAAAAGCAAAUCCUUACCUUGCGAACGGAACGUAAUCGGAUGGCUACACUCAGAAAUCACACAUCGGCCGCCGGCAUCUGUGGCAGUGGCAACAACAGCAAUGGCCAGGAUUCACCGCUGGCGCCGCAGGACGCGGGUGCCACGGCCGCAGCGAUCGGAUAUGUGCGCGAAUUCCGGGCUCGAGCGGCCACCUUUCAGGCCCAACGCUCCGAGGAGUCGUUGGUCUACGUGCAGCGCAGCGUGGCACUGCUGGGCACCAAGGUGCAACCGGUUCACUUAGUCCCAGGUCCUGGCAAUCUCGAUUUGGCCCGCUUCUAUGUGGACUUGCAUGCCCUGAUGGGCGCAUUGGAUAACGACGGAACCGAGGGCGAUGUCUUGUGGGCCUGCGUUUCACUGGUGCAACACUGCAGCCGCAAUCUGGAGGCACGCCAUUCGAUCGUCGAGAAGUUCUGCUUUGUUCCACUGCUCGGGAUGCUCAUCCAACGCACCAAACGAACGGAAAGGGUUCACCGACUGCUGGUCCUUCUGCAGGACCUCACCUACGGCAUACACAUCGCAUGGCAGGAGCCUUAUCUGGCGGCCCUGAUCGAGCAUUUGGUGGAGAUCGUCAAUGGCCAGGAGGAUGGUUCUGGUGCCGCGGCGAAUGGCUCCGUUCGCAACGACGACGAAGACAAUUCGCAUGCCUUGUUAGCUCUUUCCGUGCUCGUGAAUCUCUGCUACAAGAACUUCGCCGUGCUGUUCCUCUUUCUGCGCAGCGUUAAUAUAUCCGCCUUCUGCCGGCGCAUCCAAAACUACGGACUGCUGGCCUGCAAGAUGCUUAUUAUCCUCUCGGAGGACGUGUAUGUUUUUGAGCAGCGUGAGUUGCACACCUUUCUGCGCACCGCUUUCGCCGGAAUCGAGGAUUGCCUGAAGCACUGGAAUGUGGCACAGUUGAGGCAUAUCGUGGACUUCCUGCUGGACUCGCAGUGCCAUGCAGGACUUCAUCGGGCCAUGCUGGCGCAUGGCCACUACUGCGAGGAUGUAGAAAAGCUUCUGGAUCAAAUAGAUGCCCGCUGCGGCAUGGACGACUCGCAGGAGGAUACGCGCAAGCACCAGCAGAUGUGUCUGGACUUGGUCUUUCGCCUGGUUAGCUACAUCCUGCAGCUUUCGGAGGAAGGCAGCAAUGUCAUCAGCUUGGAUGCCAUAACGCCGCGCUUGCAUGAGAUGGUUGGGGAGUAUCUGGCCUCCGAUUUGUGUGGAGUGGCGGCCAUUGAGCUACUCUGCACUCUGCUGCGUUUGGGCAAGAAAGCAGCGGUAGCUCAACUCAUUGCCCGCGAUCCAUCCAAUGUGGUUAGCCUAGUUUCGAGCGCCGAGCGACCAGAAACGAGACCAGCUCAAGUAUUGGCCAUUCUUCGCCUGCUGAACGUAUUGCUGCAGGAACAGAAGACCGAGAAACUGGUGCUGUCCAAGAUAUCCGAGUCAUUCUUCGACAAGAUUUUGGCCGCGCCACUCGCUCUCGUUCCCCAAUUUAUCGGCACACAGGCUCUUGCGCAGAAUGAGGUGGAGAAGGCCUGCUUCUGCCUGCUGCUGCUCGUCAACGUCGCGGGAAUCGCAAAGAAGGCGUAUCUGGACAAGUGCUGCACUCUGCUGGAGCAACCGCAGUUGCAGUAUUGCCUGGCGCGCGGUAUGGCCAGCAAAAGUGAGCCGCUGGUGGCUGCCGUGCUGCAAAUAGCUCAGUUCGAACACUUUCCCAAGGCAGCCGUGGCCAAGCAUGUAGCUGUUAUCAGCAGUGGUCCAAGUGGUGCAGCAGCCUGCAGCGAUCAAGCGGAGCAGUGGCGCAAUCUCAGCUCGAUCCUCAAGGGACACCGCACCUUCACCGACAAGGAGACGGCGCAGCGAGUUAAUGCACUGCUGGACAGCAUCGGUGGCAUUGUGCGCCGCAACGAACUGGCGUCCGCACCCGUUUCCCAAGUGAUCGAGCUGUACAACCACCGCAUCGACAGCCUCAACGGCGCAAUGAUCGGUCUGCAGCAGCGUUUGGAGCAGGCUGGUCAGCAGCUGGAUAAUGGCACCCAGUUGGCGAAUGUGCAAAGAGCCGAGCUAGAACGCUUUCAGGCCACCAACUUUGAGCUGCUCAUCAGUCAAGAGCGACUGCAAACCCAAUGCAAAGAUCUCAAAAAGCAAAGAGACGAGCUGAAGAGCAACAUGACUAUCAUACUAAAGCAGCUCUCCGAGAAUUCCGACCAUCUGCAGGCCAACGAACGUCGGCUGCACGUUAAGAACUCGGAAAUAGCCAGUCUGCAAAAGGAUUGCGAGGAGCUGAGAACAAGCUUGACCGCCAAGGGCGAGGAGCUCAGCAAGCUGGAGGCGCACAACAAGGAAAAUACCAUUCGCAUCGAAAAGCUGAAGAAGUCCAUGUUGGCCUACGAACAGGACAUGAAGGAGAAGCUGCGCACGAUCGAGGAACGCGAACGGGAGCUGAGCAAAACGCACAAAGCUUUGGAAGAACAGCGAGAAGCGCGCAAAAAGUCCGAGGACCUGGUCUCCGUGCUCGAAACGCAGUUGCAGGAGCGAAAGGAUCAAAUAGAGAGCCUUGAAAUGGAGCAAAAGGAGACGGAGGACCUGCGCAAGACCAUCAUGAGUCUGAUGGAGAGCAAAAAGCCCAAGCGAAAGGCCUAGGAACUGAUUUUAAACUCACUUUUAAAUAUAUUCAAGUUAGUCAUUGUAAAAAACACCUCAAAUUCA